UGCAUCCACCAAGUGUACAAGCAUACCACACUGCUAGUACAUCUCUUUCAGUGGCAAACGGCAAGUGAGUGAGCGACUGGAGGGGAGUGUGGAGCGAUGGCAGCAAUGGCGGCCUCCUCGUGGCGAGUGGCUCUUGUCGCCGUCGCGCUCUGCGUGCUCCCGGCCCUGCCGGCGGCGAGCGCGGCCCGGGCCUUCUUCAUUUUCGGCGACUCGCUGGUGGACAAUGGCAACAACAACUACCUCAUGACGACGGCGCGCGCCGACUCGUGGCCCUACGGCAUCGACACCCCGGACCACCGCGCCACGGGGAGGUUCUCCAACGGCAAGAACGUCGUCGACCUCAUCAGCGAGCAGAUAGGAUCUGUGCCGGUGCUGCCGUACCUGAGCCCUGAGCUGGACGGCGAGAACCUGCUCGUCGGCGCCAACUUCGCCUCUGCCGGCAUCGGGAUCCUCAACGACACCGGCAUCCAGUUCGCCAACAUCAUCCGGAUCUCGAAGCAGCUGACCUACUUCGAGCAGUACAAGCACCGUCUGGCCAAGCUCUACGGCCCGGAGCGGGCGGCGCGGGUGGUCGGCGGCGCGCUGACGCUCAUCACCCUGGGCGGCAACGACUUCGUCAACAACUACUACCUGGUGCCCUACUCGGCCCGCUCCCGGGAGUUCUCCCUCCCCGACUACAUCAAGUACAUCUUGUCCGAGUACAAGCAGGUGCUCCGCCGCAUCCACGGCCUGGGCGCGCGCCGCAUCCUGGUGACCGGCGUCGGGCCCAUCGGGUGCGUGCCCGCCGAGCUCGCCAUGCACAGCCUCGACGGCAGCUGCGACCCGGAGCUGCAGCGCGCGUCCGAGGCCUACAACCCGCAGAUGGAGGCCAUGCUCAACGAGCUCAACGCCGAGGUCGGCCCCAGCAACGGCAACGGCGCCGUGUUCGUGGCCGUGAACACGCGCCGCAUGCACGCCGACUUCAUCGACGACCCCAGGGCCUACGGCUUCGUGACGGCCAAGGAGGCCUGCUGCGGCCAGGGGAGGUUCAACGGCAUCGGCAUCUGCACCAUGGUGUCCAGCCUCUGCGCCAACCGCGACCAGUACGUGUUCUGGGACGCCUUCCACCCCACGGAGCGCGCCAACCGCCUCAUCGCCCAGAACUACCUCUCCGGAUCCACCGACUACAUCUCCCCCAUGAACCUGUCCACCAUCCUACACCUCGACCGCCACCUCCACGACUAGAAAGAAGGCUGGGCGAUCGAUCGAUGCAUGGUUCAGCCUCGCUCCACCAUUUGCUUUGCGGUUUCAUCACUUGCUUGGUGCAUUUUCAUAAAUAGCAGCGCGCGGCCUUCUUGAUUUUGUCCAAGGAAUUAAACGUUUAGUUUACGUGUAUUCAUUCAAAGUACGUAUGUAUGAUCCAUGUAUUUCAGCUGGUAUAGCGUGUCGGGUUGAGGUCGUUCUAGCUAGUUUGUGUAAUAAUCAGCUAGCUAGCUAGCUAGCAGAUAAAUAUAUCCAUAAAAUGCAUGCAUGGUUGCUUGUGAGAUA